AUGAACAGUCAGAGUUUCACUUAAACAGGAUAAAAUUAAAGAACCAGAACGAAUUCGGAAUUAGAAACCAUCCCUGAAAAUGUCUCAACAUAGCCUGCAAGAAAGAGAAGAGUUACCAAGAAACUUCCUAAAGGGUUCGAAAAAACAAUUAUUGAAUUAGAACUGCAACUUGAAAAAGGUCUGGGUGGAUAAGAGCUUAUUGCUAUGCUCCUAUCAUUAUAUUCUAUAGGAGUUGAGCAUUAUGAUUCAGUGGGAGACAUUAAUAAUUCCUAAUUAUACAGAGAUAAAAUUCAAAUACUCUUUAGAAAGCCUAUAGUCAUCCAAGAAUACAUGCUUAUGGUAAAGAAAGCAUCUAACCAUUAAGAUGAUCCAGUACUAUUAAAGAAAACAGAGGAGCCAAAGAAGCAAGAAUAAGAAUCUAAAGUUUAUGAAUAUUAGAGUGUCCAGCCUUAACAAUAGCAACAAUAACAGUCAUUGUCAAAUAAGCUAUUGAAAGUUGCUUCACCAAAAGAGUCACCAAAGGAAUAGAGAUAUGUUUAGUAAACUCCAUUUGAAUAACAAAAAGAUAACUCUUAAAUAUCUUAAUCCUAUGACACUCCAGUCAGACGAGAUACGAUUUUCAGAAUAGAUAGCUUGAUGGAUGAAUUCAUAGAGUAAAAAGAGAAGUCUUAGGUCGUUCUUCAGUAGGAAUAAGCUUAACAACAAGAAAACUUGCAUUAGAGACUCAUAUAAAGGAAUCAAUCAAGGCAAGAGUCAAAGCGCAGUAUUAUGAGCAAAUCAAAGUCUUCAAAUCUACUCAAGAAUUCUGAUUUUUAAAGCAGCUCACUAAACAUUACAAGCGCUCUCCUAAAGGAACAAAACUUCCAAAAUAAUCUUCAUAACCCCUUCCAUCCAAUUAAAUAAAUAUAAUAGACUUAAUCAGUAAAUGAUUUCGGUGCAAUGAAUCUUCUAUAGAAAGAUAGGCCUAUAAAUUUGAAUAAUUUGAACUUUGGAGAUUUCAUGGAUGAUAUAAGUUUCAUCAAGGACCAGAAUCUCUUUCCCUUGAACUAAUCAAAUGAAAUACAAACUAGUGUAAUUAUUGAGAAUACAGAGUCAAGUAAAAACUCAGAUGCCUUUUCCUCAUAAAAUAAUAAGCCUUAGAUCCUAUUAUCUGAGGAUGCCAUUUCCUAUAAAGAUAGCAGCCAAAAGUCAAAUAACUUGAAUUCAGAUGAUAUCGAGCUAGAGACCAAUGAGGAAUUUAAAUAAGCUGAGUUCCUUGCUAUCUCCUAGUAUGUUGAGAGAAAGAAUCACGAGCUAGGCAAUAUAAACAGUAAAUACGAUCACUAGAUCAAGCAGCUUGAGUUAAGAGGAGUUAAUCCAUUAACAAAGAAACUGAUUGAAAAGGUGAGGAAAGAGUGGACUGAGAAUUUGGAGAAAAAGGAACAGGAACUAGAGGAGGAGAAGAAGUUGAUUCUCUUGGGCGUUUAAAUGAAGUUUAGAUAGAUGCUCUAAGAUAAUAGUAAUAGUAACUACACUGAGUCACAAGAGAGGAAAUCUGAGGAGGGAGACUUUUUGUCGAAAGGCAAAAUAGAUAUAUUCAUAAAUGAGCAGUAUAUUGCAAACAACAGUAAAGAUAGCUCACCCUUUAAAGUAAUUGAUCGAUUAUGA